AUGGAUGGUAUAUUCCACCCGUGGGACCUGGCUGGAUCGAUCUUGAAUGUUGUUGAGGCUGUCAAACUAUUUGCAGCUGCCGGGACCUUUUUCGUUGUAGGUGUUAUAUUGACUAUUCGACAACCCCGGAGUCCUAAUCGAGCUUUGUGCACUAUGGUACCGCGCAAGGUGUACAAUCUAUGCCAGGGCCCGACAGUGACCUCGGAAUUAGCGUGUGACCCGUCACAAUGUCCACAGAAGGUCUUUCACAAGCUUGUUGAGGGUCAAACCCGUAAGAAAGACAGUGUAGAAGACUUACACGAUGACAAAUUGUCGAAAUGGGAUACAUUAGAUGAGUUACAGAAGGCUCGCGCUUGCGGGCAGUUCGGCUCUACGGAAACCAGUGAUCUUUUCUUAAAAGUAUACCAUGAUGCCUUGUGUUCUCUAGAGAAGAACCCAAAAUCGGGGGUUGUAUCACCCAAGCUGUUGGGGAGCACAGGCGUUGUCCCACUGACAAUUGUCGCACCGUUACCCGAUCUUUGUCGCCAUUUAGCAAAUUGCAUUGCGCGCGCCGAAAGCGAAGUCUUCCUAGGGACCAAUUUCUGGAUUCACUCGGACGCAUCGACAUUAGUGACCAAUGCCAUCCGCGAACUCUCAAAACGAGCCGGGCAGAGGGGGCAGAAAGUAGUCAUGAAGAUGAUCUAUGAUCGAGGAGAUCCCCGUCAAUACAUCGACGGAAAAGUAAAGCUACCUGCAGCGAGCGAGAUCCCCAAUGUCGAUCUCCAGGUUAUCAACUUCCAUCGGCCUGUCUUCGGAACCUUUCAUGCAAAGUUCACCGUUAUUGAUCGACGCAUAGCUCUCAUACAAAGCAGUAAUAUCCAAGACAAUGAUAACCUCGAGAUGCUGGCUCAUAUUGAGGGCCCAAUUGUUGAUUCUUUCUAUGAUGCUGCUUUGCUGUCGUGGGGAAAGCCUCUCAAGCCGCCGUUCUCACUCUUGAACUCUCCGGCGGCGAAUGCUCCGAUACCAUGCCAUGGGGAACAGAGCGAUGGCAUUCCACUAGCUGAUGGAAAUGGAGUCCUUGCCGAGCAUACUACCACGUCUCCAAGUUACGAUGUGGAUCUCAACCACGAAGCCUGGAGAGUUAAUAACCGCAUUCACCCAAAAGGCAAUGAAACACGCACUAAGGCCGUCAGCCGUCAUCUCAGUAUGUACAGCUUCACUUAUUCAGGAUAA